AUGCAAUCUCCAAAGAAUGUGAAGCAGGUUCAACAGUUGACAGGGAGAAUCGUAGCUUUGAACAGGUUCAUCUCUUGGUCUACAGAUAAGUGCCUUCCGUUUUUUAUGAUUUUACGCAAGGCUUUCGAAUGGUCUGAGGAAUGCGAACAGGCAUUCGAGCAACUUAAGAGGUAUCUGGUUAGUCCACCUCUUCUCAGCCCAGCUGUUCCUGGCGAAAUAUUGUACUUAUACUUGGCAGUAUCACCAACUGCUGUCAGUGCGGCUUUGAUUCGUGAGGAAGAGGAAGUUCAGAAGCCAGUUUACUUCAUCAGCCGAGCGUUGCAUGGUGCCGAGGAGAGAUACGUACAAAUGGAGAAACUCGCUUUUGCCUUAGUAAUUGCUUCCAGGAAGCUCCGACCAUACUUUCAAGCUCACACAAUCAAUGUCUUGACCGAGUAUCCAUUGAAGAAGGUACUCCGAAAAUUAGACUUGUCUGGUCGGUUGGUUAACUGGGCGAUCGAGAUUAGUGAAUUCGACAUUCAUUUCGUCUCACGAAAAGAAUGUCCGAAAGAGAGGACAUGGGUAACUGCGGUUAAAGAGAGGACAUGGUUAACUACGGUUAAAGGUCAGGUUUUGGCAGAUUUUAUGGUGGAAUUCGCUAAUGUUCAGGACCAGAAGGAAUGGCCGAAAGAGAGGACAUGGGUAAUUUAUGUAGAUGGUUCAUCUACCAAGAGGAAUGGCGGAGCUGGGGUCGUGAUUAUCACACCAGACGGAAGAGAAUUGAAGAGUUCAUUGAGAUUGGAGUUUAAAACCACUAACAAUGAAGCUGAGUAUGAAGCAGUAAUAGCUGGUCUCGGUUUAGCCCUAGAGCUAGAGGCAGAAUUUGUGGAAGUGCGGAGUGAUUCUCAGGUUAUUGUCGGCCAUAUUCGCGGUGAAUUUGAGGCUAAGGGCAGCAAGAUGAAACUCUACUUGUCCAAAAUUCAAAGUAUGCAAAAGUCUUUCGAAAAAUUUUGCACUGUUAAAAUCCCGAGAGAAGAGAAUGAGAAGGCAGACCAUCUGGCCCGUUUAGGCUCUUCAACCGAGUGUGAAGUGGGAGAAUCCGACCAGACAAUACAAAUUUUUCAACAACCUUCCAUCGUUGAGAAGGUUUUUAUUUUAACUAUUGAAGUCAUGCCUGCCUGGGCUGGAGAGAUAGUUAGUUACCUUGAAAAGGGAACUCUGCCAGGAGAUAAGAGAAAGGCGGUGUAG